GUUUGAUUCAAAAAAAAAAAAAAAUGUCUGAAAACGAAGCUCCCCGUGUGUUUUGCUGUGGAAGAUGUCGUGUUGUAUUGGUAGAUUCAGUUACUUGGAUUGGUAAUGACCAGGAGGAGACCGCUUUUGUAUUUACUGGUGUCAACCAUAAUGUCCACAUUAAAGGAAAGAAGCUGAUAUCUGGCAUAGUUGAAACAAAUGGCUGCGUAUUUUUCCCAUUGGUGUGUGAUGGUUGUUUUUCUACUGUGGGAAAGAUUUACAAAGCAACGUCAAAAGAUUUGGAUUACAAAAAAAAUCUGUUCUUAUUAUUUGCUAAUGCUGUGACAAGCUAUCAACUCGGGUCUACAAAUGAGAAUUUUUUAAAAUAUGACACUGAAGAUCCAGUUACUCUUGAACAUGUAUCCUACUUAAGGAUGGAGAUUAAAAAGAUGAAAGAAGUGCUUCUUGCGUUGGAUUCCCGACUGUCUGCUUUGGAGUCAGAUUUCAUGCUCUUUAAAAAUUAAGUGUUUUUGAUUUGAAGAUACUGUCCUGAUUAGUUUUAAAUUUCUACUGUUGAAGUUCUUUUAUAUUUACACCCAAAAAUGUUUUGUCUAUUUAAAUGUACUUAAACGUCUGCUUUGAAUAAACCAGUUUUGAAAUUAA